GGAAACAGAGCAAGAGGGAGGGGAAGGAAAAGAAUGUGAGAGGCAAAGAAGAAAAGACACAAAACUCUUGAGUUGACAAAAGAGGGCAGGUACCUGAGGCAGGACAAUGAAGGCCGGCGUGGGACUCUUCUCUGCAUUGGUUCUGCUCCUAUUGAUGGGGGGAGUGUUCACACAGAGAUCUCGGCAAAAGAAGCCCAUCAGGCGCCCAGCAGCAGUCGGGAAGCCUUCUGUCCCCCAGCCUGCUGUUUCCGCUCAGCCAGAGCCCCAGGAGCCGACAGACUUCCCCCCUCCCAUCCUGGGCCCACCUUCUGUGUUUCCUGACUGCCCCCGAGAGUGUACAUGCAACCCGAGCCAUCCCAAUGCUCUCAACUGUGAGAACCACAACAUACGUGCAAUCCCUGUCAUCCCAUCUAGAACACACUACUUGUACCUGCAGAACAACUACAUCUCAGAAGUGACGGCAGAAUCGUUCGUCAACGCCACUGAGAUCCGUUGGAUUAAUUUGGCAAAUAACCGCAUUCAUCAAAUAGACAAAAAGGUGUUUGAAAAGAUCCCAUCUCUGCUAUACCUCUAUGUGCAGCGUAACCACCUGAAAGAGGUCCCUUCUGGUCUCCCAGCAAGCCUAGAACAACUCCGCCUAGGUAGAAAUAGUAUUUCUAAGGUCCCUGCUGGCGCCUUCAACAAGAUGGGUAACCUGACGCUUCUCGACCUGUACCACAACCAGCUGAGUGACAGUGAUCUGGAAAAAAACACGUUUAAGGACUUAAAGAGCCUCAUGCAACUCAACCUGGCUCACAACGUCCUGAAAAAGAUGCCUGCUGGCCUACCCAAUAACCUCAUACAGCUGUAUCUGGACAAGAACCGCAUAGAUGACGUCCCAAAAGACUACUUCAGAGGCUUGCACCACCUGGCGUUUGUGAGGCUGAACUACAACCAGCUGAGUGAUAAAGGACUUCCUAAAUAUGUGUUCAACAUAACCACCCUGCUGGACCUGCAACUGUCCCACAACCAGAUUACUUCUAUUCCUCUCUUCAACGGUCGCCUGGAGCACCUGCACCUAAACCACAACUCCAUUGAAAGCAUCAAUGGCACCCAGAUCUGUCCUUACAGCCUGCAGGCCGACCCAAGCGAUCUGAGUCUGGUGCCCAGUCUAAGGUACCUGCGUUUGGACGGAAAUCAGCUGAGCCCCCCCAUCCCUUUGGAUGUCAUCAUGUGCUUCAAACAACUCCACUCUAUCGUCAUUUAGGAACUCCCUGCCUAAAGGCCCGAGGUUAUGAACGCAUGCAUGCACGCACACAACAACACACUUACAGGAUACACACACACACACAUGUGUGCAAAAGGAAAGUCAAAGCUUGCAACUUGCAACUGCAUUAUUGAUAGAGGGACAAAUAAAGGUUAAACAAAACUGUGCAGCUUUAAUAAAUCAACUCACAUUGUUGACAGAUUUUACAUUUCAGUCAUUUUUUGUUUAUAGUAAUACAAUGCCAAAAAACACCUGGAAUGAGUAACGCCUGAAAAUGCAGGUACAUUGACAGAAGUGCUACACACGUGUCGAGGGUAGUUAUGUUCAAUAGCAGAUGUGACCGAGUUGCCACAAAGGACAACAGAGCUGCAGUGGAUGUCAGAAGAACCAUUUUAAAACAUAACUACCAUGUAGUUGAGACUGUCCCAAAUGUGCCUGUGAUUUUCAAGGUACUUUGUGUAAAAAUGUCAUUGUAUUAUUUGUAUUCUUAUUCCUCUGUAUAUUAUUCUUCUGUAUAAGGAAGCUUUGUACAAAUAACGAAAAAUAAAACCUUUUUCUUUCAUCA